GAAAAAACAAGCACAAAUAUUUCGAAAUAUAAUGAUUUUUGGAUGACAACAAAUGGAGUUAAUGAUGGGAGGGACGAUGAUGCUUUGAAAGCUGCAAGAAGGACAAUUAUUCCGUCUUCGUAUGCUCGAAGUUUACACGAUACAACAUAUGCCUAUUUAAGGGCAUUAAAUAAAACAACAGAAAAGUUUGGUUAUUUAACGAAAGAUUUGGCAAGAAAUGGAACUUUAAUUAAUAAUAUGAGUAAAGGGGAAUUUCAAGGGGAAACAGGGAAUGUUAUUAUUGACGAAAAUGGAAAUAGAGAGCCAAUAUUUGUUGUUACUAUGUUGGAUAUUUCUGAUCAACCACUAAAUGUUAUGCAAAUCAAUUUUAUUAACAAUACAAUGCAAAUAACUAAAAAUUACAACGACGAAUCCGUUAUUUGGGCAAAUAGAGGAGGUAAAAGACCUUUAUAUAAACCAAUAUGUGGAUAUACGGGGACAGAAUGUCCACAAAAUAUAACAACAUAUAUAUUAAUUGGUGUUGGUUUGGUUUUGUUAUUGUUAGUAGCUACUUUAGGUGGAAUUGGUUAUGCUGUUCGAGAAAAAUUAAAAGAAAAGGAACGUUUAACUAGAGAAUGUUUAAUACCUUUUGGAGAAUUAAAAAAUAUAAAAGAAUUAAAAAGUAAUGAAGAUAUGAGAAGUUUAGAAGCAAAUAAAAGUUUAAAAAGUUUACAAAAAGGAGGAAAGAGACCUUUAUAUAAACCAAUAUGUGGAUAUACUGGGACAGAAUGUCCACAAAAUAUAACAACAUAUAUAUUAAUUGGUGUUGGUUUGGUUUUGUUAUUGUUAGUAGCUACUUUAGGUGGAAUUGGUUAUGCUGUUCGAGAAAAAUUAAAAGAAAAGGAACGUUUAACUAGAGAAUGUUUAAUACCUUUUGGAGAAUUAAAAAAUAUAAAAGAAUUAAAAAGUAAUGAAGAUAUGAGAAGUUUAGAGGCAAAUAAAAGUUUAAAAAGUUUACAAAGUAGCCAAUCUGGCAGUACAAAAUUAACAAGUAUGGAUGAUAAAAAAUUGGAAACAGAAAAUUAUGCACAUUUUUUAUAUAAUAGAGAAGUUGUUUUUGCUAUUAAAUAUCAAGUUAGAGUUAGAAUAUUUAAUGAAGAUUUGUUUCAAUUAAUGAAGCUUAGACAAUUAGACCACGAAAAUUUAAACAAAUUUUGUGGAUUAUGUACUGAUGCACCAAUUUUAUAUGCUGUUUGGAAACAUUGUCAAAGAGGAAGUUUAAAAGAUUUAAUUGCCAAAGAGAGAUAUGUCGGCGAUUCUUUUGUAAUGUUUACUUUAAUGAGGGAUGUAAAAUUCUAA